AUGGCUGGGAAACACUCCGACGACGAGGACGCAUAUCUUUACGGAUCAGAUGAUGAUAAUGAUCAACCAGUUUCCAAAAAACAGAAGAUAACAGAACAGAGCGAUGAGUCCCAAGAAAAAUCAUCGAAGACAAAGCAAAGUGAAGCAGAAGCGAAGGAUGGCGAAGAGAAUAACAGUGAUGAAGAUGAAGACAAUGAUUCUGAAGAAGAAUCUGAUUCAGAUGAUGACAUAGAGUUUGUCAUAGGUGAAAGCGCACCAAAAAGUGGACAGACAAUAACGACAUCAGGACCUCAAAAUGAUACAAUUGACGCUGUUACUGAUAUAGAUGGUGGCGAUAAGAAUGCUACAACUACAAUUGUUUCUAAUCAAGCAGACAAAGGAUCUAGUAUUGAUAUAAAUUCUGUGGCACAAUUGGAUGGUAAACCUCUCACACAAGUAGAUUUAGAGAAACUUAAAGAUAAACCAUGGAGGUUUCCGGGGGCAGAUAUAUCAGAUUAUUUUAAUUACGGAUUUGAUGAAUUUACAUGGACAGCAUACUGUUGCAAACAGGAUAAAUUAAGAGGCGAAUUUAAUCCACAAAAAUUGAUGGCGCAAUUAAUGAGUGGUGGUGCUGGGCCACCACCUAUGCCACCUAACAAGAAUGGCUCUAAUAAUACCCCUUCAAAUAAACCUAACAGUAUGCUGCCUCCAAUGGGUAUGCCUCCGAUGGGUAUGAUGCCACCAGGUAUGCCAAUGAUGCCAGGAAUGCCAGGAAUGCCUAACAUGCCAAACAUGCCAAACAUGCCAAACAUGCCAGGAAUGCCUAACAUGCCUAACAUGCCAAACAUGCCUAACAUGCCUAAUAUGCCUAAUAUGCCUAACAUGCCAAACAUGUCCAAUAUGCCAAAUAUGCCAAAUUUCAUGAAUAAUAAUAGGCCCGGUCAAGUACCGAAUUUUGGAAUACCUCCACCACCACCCCCUCAAAAUAGACGUUAG